AAGCUAAAUGUCAAAUCCAUUAAAAAAAACUCUAAGAUCAACAAAUUGAUACACCCAACAAUUUCAAGGAGAUUUUCAGCAAAAACAUCUUUAUCAGCAAAUAAAAUUGCAAAAUCGAGGCCGGUACGUAUACUAACACGUCAAUCUGCACACAUGGAGAACACAGAUCACCCGUUUUUAUAUAUCUGGUCUAAUGCCCAGAUGACGAACCAAGCUUCCCCCGUCGAGGAGCAGGAGAAGCUUCUAGAUGAAGCGCUGAACGUUGUCAAGGUCCAGGCAUUUCAAAUGAAAAGAUGCUUGGACAAAUCAAAACUAAUGGAUGCACUGAAGCAUGCUUCAACUAUGCUUGGAGAGCUAAGAACCUCUCUCCUGUCACCCAAGAGCUACUAUGAGCUUUAUAUGGCAAUCACAGACGAGCUCCGUCAUUUAGAACUGUACCUCCUCGAGGAGUUCCAGAAGGGUCGCAAGGUGGCUGACCUGUACGAACUGGUGCAAUAUGCCGGCAAUAUUGUGCCGAGGCUGUACCUUCUCAUCACAGUUGGAUUGGUCUACAUCAAGACUAAUUCUAACUUACGGAGGGAUCUGUUAAAGGAUCUGGUAGAAAUGUGCAGAGGAGUACAGCAUCCCCUGCGUGGUUUGUUCCUCAGGAACUACCUGCUGCAGUGCACUAGAAAUGUGCUGCCCGACACUACUGAGGCUGCCAAUGACAGUGAAGGCACUGUUCGCGACGCUAUAGAUUUCGUUCUGAUGAAUUUCGCUGAAAUGAAUAAACUGUGGGUCAGAAUGCAGCAUCAAGGACAUUCAAGGGACAAGGAGCGUCGAGAACGCGAGCGUUCCGAACUACGCAUCCUAGUUGGGACUAACCUAGUGCGGUUGUCACAACUGGAGUCGGUGGGGGAACAGGACUACCGCCGCCUUGUGCUGCCAGGCAUACUGGAGCAAGUCGUCAGCUGCCGGGAUGCCAUUGCUCAGGAGUACCUCAUGGAGUGUAUUAUACAGGUGUUCCCUGAUGAGUUUCACUUGGCAAAUCUGCAGCCUUUCUUGAAGUCUUGUGCAGAGUUGCAACCCGGUGUCAACAUUAAGAAUAUCAUCAUUGCGUUGAUCGAACGGCUUGCGGCAUUCAGUCAGAGGAAUGAGGGUAACGUGAAUCUCAGCGUAGUUCUAGAAGAUGGGAAGGAGCAAGAAGUGCAGCUAUUUGAAGUCUUCUCCGACCAGGUUGCUGCCAUCACUCAGAGUCGCACAGACAUGCCUCCAGAAGACAUGUUGGCUCUACAGUUGGCACUACUGAAGCUAGCGCAGCGCUGCCACCCUGACAAACUGUCGUAUGUGGACAGAGUGCUAGCACACACAGACAGGAUCUGCGCGGAUAUACAUCAGAGCAGCGGAAAACCACAUCUAGAACACAACACGCCAGUCUUCAAGGAACUGAUGAAGAUCCUCAAGCUCCCAGCAGAUCACUACAAGAAUAUCCUCACGUUGAUUAAAUUGCAGAACUACGCCCCGCUGAUCAACCGGCUCAACCAGCCAGGGCGGUUGAUGAUUGCUGUGCAUCUUAUUAACGAUGUACUGGAGAGCGAUACCACGGUCUCUACGCCUGAGGAUGUGGAAGCAGUAUUGUCGAUGCUGGACGUGUUAGUGCGCGAGCAACCAGACCCGCUUGGCUGCGAGCCCGACGCUGAGGACUUCAUGGAGGAACAAGGCUUGUUGGCCAGAUUAAUCCAUCACUUCAAAUCGGAUUCCGCGGAUCAGCAGUAUUUAAUACUAAGCGCAGCUAGAAAAGCCCUUCAAGGCGGAGGCGCUAAACGCAUACAACAUACUUUCCCACCCAUCAUAUUCCACGCGUACCGACUCGCUUUCACUUACAAGGAACUAAAAGAUCAGGACGAGAUGUGGGAGAAAAAAUGCCAGAAAAUCUUCCAAUUCUGCCAUCAAACCAUCAGUUUGCUGGUGAAAGCUGAACUAGCUGAAUUGCCUUUAAGAUUGUACCUCCAAGGAGCGCUCGCAAUAAGCGAGAUAGGUUUCGCGAAUCACGAAACGAUCGCCUAUGAGUAUCUUUCGCAAGCGUUUUCUUUGUAUGAGGACGAAAUAUCGGACAGCAAAGCGCAGUUGGCGGCUAUAACACUCAUCAUUGCAACGUUCGAACAGAUUAAUUGUUUUGGCGCGGAAAACGCGGAACCCAUGCGUACGCAGUGCGCGUUAGCCGCGAGCAAGCUGCUGAAAAAACCAGAUCAAAGUCGGGCGGUGGCGCUAUGUGCACAUCUCUUCUGGAAAGGAGCUAAAGAUGGCAAACAGUGGCCUCUGAACGAGGCGGGUAGAGCGCUGGACUGCCUGAAGAAGGCGGCGCGGGUCGCGCAGCAGUGCAUGGACGGCGGCGUGCAGGCGCAACUGCUGGCCGAGCUGCUGGGCAGGUACGCGCUGCUGCGCGAGCGGGGGAACGCCAGCCUCACCACCAACCUUAUCGAAGCGAUAAUACAAAAGAUACGCGAAGAGCUGGGUAAUCUCGACCAGUCGGAGGAAGUGGAACAGAUCACCAAACAUUUCCACAACACGCUGCAGCAUCUGAAGAACAGGAUGGAGUGUCCCGACCCUGAGGGCUUAGGUUAUGAAGGACUUGUAUUGUCUUAGUGGUAAUUUUUAUCAAUAUCACUGUAUGGAAUCAUGGAAAAUGUACAAAAAGCAGUGAACGACAAAGCAUAGAAGGCGCGUAAAUUGUACCUGCCUAUAUUUCAGUUUUGCGUGUUUUUUCUUAUUGAUUUUCGUGGUGUACAAUAAAAGUAUAUUCAUUCAUUCAUCGAAAAAGAUUUGUAACAAUUUUUGUUAAUUGAAAAUAUGGGCCACAAAUUCACGUUUGUUUAAAUGCAAACAGACUUGUAUCGUACUGUUUGUCAUGCGAUACUGGCCGCUGCUGCGUAAUUGAACAUGUUAAAGUGAUAGAUAACGAGUUCCUAUCGAAUUGAAGACGAGUGAGUGACCUACAUAUGCACCGCACACCACUGUAAAGAUUUCGUUACGCUGUAAUGAAGCGUACGGAAUAUUUCUAUGCUUUGUCGUUCACUGACAAAAAGCUAAUUUUAUUAUUAACAAGCAGGAGAGCUUUUGAAGCGAAGCUGCUCUAUCGUCUUGUAGGAUAGAUAUAGGCGCUUGACUGAGACGGUUCAUGUGGAAGGUUGCGGGUUGCAGGACGGUGUGGGUUGCGGGAGGGUGACAGCAACAUUGAAGUCCUUGAUUUUCACAUCAACCACCACAACCACAACCUUACCUCACGAGCCAUCUGAGUGAAACGGUUCUAUAGCAAAAAAUGAAUCGUCUUGAAUGGAAAUGAAUGCUUUCAAAUACCGUCUCGCAAGUUGACAAGAGAAUAAAACAAUUAGAUAAAAUAAAAAAUAAAAAUUCUAAUCGAUUUAUUUUUCAAACAAAUUCGAUUUUUUGGUAAUCGAUUUUUAAAAUCUAUUCUUUUUCUUAGUAAUCAAUUUUUUAUCGUAUUUUAUUUUUUUGAAAAAUAAUCGAUUAUAAUAAUAAUUAGAUGAGCAUCGCCUAUUGUUGCUCAUAUGAGUGAGCGAGACAGUACAGCUUUAUUAGUGUCGGCUGUCCUUAGACACCUCAAAGGUUUUUCUUUUACUGUAAUAAGAAUCUAAAUGCAUUAUUACCUGAUCUGUCAUAUUAUCAUGUCGAGUUAUAUUUACUUAUAAGUGUAGUUAAUAGUGAAAUACUAGCAAUAUUUAAUAUUAUUAUUAUAGAAAAUAUAGUAAAUUGUUUA